AGCGGCCGAGCGCGAGGCCGCCGCGUCCUGCCCUCGGAACAAUGGGAGUCGGCGCGCGCGGCGCCUGGGCCGCGCUGAUCCUGGGCGCGCUGCUCGUGCUGGCGCUGCUGAAGGCCGCCGUGGACAGCGCUGGCCUGGACGGAUCUGUAAGCACAAAGAAUUUGGUGCCUUCAGGAAACCACAGUACUAAGCCAACAGAGAAUGUCACCGCUGUGACCUCCAACCACACGAGCCAGCCCGCCAGCACCGUGAGGCAGUCGACAACUCCAGUGUCUUCUGUCUCCAAGACAGAGACUGUCACGGCCUUGACAUCCACAACAGCUACAACCACAGCACCCGGAGGCUCUGCAAACAGGACUAACACCAGCUCAGUUUCACAGAACACGACCCAGAUGACGCCAGCCACAGCCACCACCACAGCCCACAACAGUUCGGCCACAUCUGUUUCUUCAUCUGUAACGAUCACACCCACUAUUAACUCUAAGGGAAAUCCAGGACCAAAAUUUGAUACUGGCAGCUUUCUUGGCGGUAUUGUGUUAACACUGGGCGUUCUGUCGCUUCUUUACAUCGGAUGCAGAACAUAUUAUUCGAGAAGAGGCGUUCGGUAUAGAACCAUUGACGAACACGAUGCCAUCAUUUAAGGAAAUCCGAGGACCGACGGAAAGAAGAUUGAUAAUUGCCCUCUCGAUUAAUUUUAAUCAUUCUUGAAAAGAGUACACAGGCCAUGCAUAUAACGUACAACACGCUAUAUAAACAUGUAAAGAUUCCUCACUGUUACUAAAGGUAAAAAGGGUUUGAUUUGGGUUUUUUAAAUGAGUAUUUGGAGCCAAUCAUGUUAAGUAGUAAGAGAAGUCUGCCCUUUCUGUGGCACUGGUCCCACUGGGCAGUAACUGGACGACAACCUCACUGAAGGGCACAGUGCCACCGAGUCCACAAGUACGGACCGCAGGGUUUUCACACAAAUGCCACACGGCAGAAACUCGAGGAACAAGCCAGCUUUUGCAGCUUAGUACUUGGUCUAGAAGCAACAUGCACUGCCCCCCGGCCCACUCAGAACUAGACCCAGCUGUGGGGCUCGGCGCUGCUGGAGCCUGUGUUCCUACGACAACUGCUUCCAACCACUUAAGUACUGUUGCCUCCGGGUGAUUUCAGUAAAUUGCGAUGUUGAGUUAGGUUUUUUGCUACUGUGAGAAUAGUGUCACUACUGGAAAGGGCUUUAUUUCAUAUGCAAGCUAAUCUUAUGUGUAGUGAAUAUUUGUAAGAGCUGCAGAACUCCACGUAGCAAGGACCACGUAACGCAGUGUAAGCCUCCCUAACAAGCUGCAGGGCUCAGUCGGGGGAGGGGGGGCACCACCAACCACAGCUCUGUUCUUCAGCCCAUUCCGCCUGCAGGACGACAGUGCUGCAUUUUUGUGCACGGUUGAUUUUACUCAGAUUUGGGGAAAUUGCAUUUUUAUACUGAAAAAAACCUUUGUAUUGGGAUUAAGUUUUUGGUCCUCUCCAGGCCUCGUCUCCCGUGGAGGGGCACUCGGCUGUAUUAUGGUAACACAGAAAGCACAGUGUUGGAGGGACACUGGUGUCCCCCAAUGUCGGUCUGAGGGUUCGGUCUUAUAGUUUAUAUUACAGCAGCCAAAACUCAGGGUCAAGUUUGGCAAAAAAAAAAAAAAAAAAAAAAAAAUUUAGUCCUACUACGUGACCACCCAAGAUAGAAAUACCAUCUUACUAAAAGUACAGCCUGUUUCUGCUAAUCCAAAAAUAAGCUAAGAGAUGUCCUUGUGACCCUGCGUCUAUAUUGAAUAAGAUUUAAAUGUAACUUGUGAUCAGCUUUUGGUUUUCAGAGAAUGCCAAGAAUUUUUAUAAAAGCAUCAUUUCUAUUCACUGUGCACUGGGCUGAGGCAAGGAUCAGGUGACAGGGCAGGUGUGCAAGGCGCACAGUGUGGCAGGAAGCCUGGUCUGCCCCAGUGUGCAGGGAGAGGUGGGCUAGUUAGUAACAUACCACGCACCUGCCUGGUCUCCAGCUGCUUUCAUUUCUUUGCAAAAUAGACGUAAGCUACAAGUAGAUGCUUCUGUCUCGUUCAACGGGGGCCUUUUAAAUUCUGCCUCUUUCUGCAGCACUUGGGUCACUAGAUAACUUGGCCAGCUGCCUGUGCUUUGGGUCUAAAAACUGUCUUCUCCGUCUGGAAGCUGUUACUGUUAUUCUUUUCUGCCCCCGCACACAAAGGGGGAAGUGGGGGUGCGAACCAUGGCUUCCCUGGGGCGCACAUGUCCUAAUUCUGCUUGCAUUGAGAAUGUAUUUACUUGAAGAUCUAUUAGAAUCCAAUCUAGGACUUUAGAUAAUCCAAAACCUGAGUAUUUCCCAUACAGAGAAAUGAGAGUUAGCAAUAUAUUAGUGAGAAUUUUGUAUUUUUCAGGAGAAAAACUUAAAUUCCUUUUCUUUUUAUUAUAAUGACCAGCUUUUGGUAUUUUCACUGUUACUGAGAUCUAUUUUUAGAAUAAAAUUUUGUUCUCCAUCUAA